GGGUGAGGAGGGGUGAGGAGGUUAGAGCCCGGGACAUGAAUGAACCAUGUUCGGUAACGGAGGCUUAGCUCUCCCGGUUUGCUCUUUUCUCCUACUACACAUCCCGGUUCUCCCGCUAACGAACAACCGGCCCGUUAAGGACAGAAGUGAAGGGAGGUUGGAGCAGCGUAACAUCCGUGUACAAUCACACAGCUCUGGAGGUCAGAAUGUCAGACAGACAAGCAACAAGGAGGUGUUUCAGUGGUGGGGAGAGUGGUCCAGUUGGUCCUCUUGUUCCAGGAGUUGUGGAGGAGGAGUGAGGAGUCAGGAGAGACACUGUCUGAUACAGAGGCUGUCCACAACCCAGAAUGUAAACAGUUCAUAUUGUGUUGGCUCUCCGAAACAGUACCAGCUCUGUCCAAACCAGCCCUGUCCCAGCCCCACUGUGAGCUUCAAACAGCACCAGUGUUCCCAGUUCAAUUCUAAAGCCUUUGGAAGAAGAUACUACCAGUGGAUACCUCUUUACCCUGCUGAUUACAUCAGCAUCUCCAAUAAGCCAUGUGACCUGCAGUGCACAACCAUCAGUGGUGAGAGACAGCUGCUAGUCCCCGCCCACGAUGGUACAUUCUGCCACGAUGCCAAAUACCAUGGAGUCUGUAUAGAGGGAAUAUGUCAGCCUGUAGGUUGUGAUGGGGAGCUGUACGGCAGUAAGACGGUAGACAGAUGUGGAGUAUGUGGAGGCAACGGGACGUCUUGCCAGCGCAUCUCUGGAUCAUACAGGAAGGCACUCACACAGUUAGGUUAUGUGUUAAUCACCAACAUCCCAGCUGGAGCUUCAGACAUUCAGAUCAUAGAAAGACAUAAGACUGAGAACAUCCUGGCCCUGUCAGAUGAAGCUGGUCAUUUCUUCUUCAACGGAAACACUGUGUUUGACAAUCCACAAAACUUCCAUGUGGCAGGAACAGUGAUUAAAUACCGACGUCCAAGCAACGUAUUCUCUGAUGGGCUGGAGUAUAUCAUUGCCCAGGGACCAACACUUCAGGGCCUGAAUGCUAUGUACUACAACCUGAAUGGGAAGCUCCCCCACAUCACCUACGAAUACACGAUCCAUCGCACAUCUCAUGACAUCACUACUGCUGAAGACAUCACAGCAGGCCCCUCCCAUCUCAACCUCACCUAUAACGAGGUAGAUGAGGAUGUCGGAGGGGAUCAGCUUAGAGCGACCAAUGGGACAUCUGUCCAUCACUACAACAGCCAGCUGGGAGCUGAUGACCAAUCAGAUGUCCAGCUGCAGGAAGAAGAAGAGGAGGAAGUCAUUUGGGCCAUCAGGACACCCAGCCCCCUGCCGCCGGCAGACAUGUUGGUCUACAGGCCGGCGGAUGUCACCAGUCAUGUAUUCAGCCAUAACGAUGUCGAGCGAGGACCUCCAGUACCGGCCGGCUACCGAAGUUCCUCUAACUCCGUUGACGAGCCAUCCACUGCUGAUGACAACACUGUGCUUGGUGGUCAGAGUGCCCUGCUACUGGAGGACCUGCAUUACAACCACACACACUCCCUCACAAACACACACUCUAUGGAAAGGACAUUCGCUGAUCCACAUCCACCAGCACAAACACGCGUGCAAACGUUGUCUGACACAGACACAGAAACACGGUUGGAAAUGCUCACAGUUACUGACACACAUUCUGUUACACACACAGACACACACACUGCCAUCUUGGUACAGCUGCAACAGGUGCCUGCAGUCCAGGCAGCCAACACAGAGAGUAAUGACUUUGACGUGGGUCUGGACCCAGACAUUAGUCUGGCAGACAUGUAUCGCUGGAAGGUUUCUGCUUAUGCUCCCUGCAGCUCGACGUGUACAACAGGUAUCACCACUAGCUACGCCCUUUGUGUUCGAUACGAAGGCACUGAAGUCGAUGACAGUUACUGUGACUCUCUGACCAGACCUGAGCCCACACAUGAGUUCUGCACUGGGAAGGAGUGUCCUCCAAGAUGGGAGACCAGUGGUUGGAGUGAGUGCUCUCGGACCUGUGCAGAGGGUGUUCAGUAUCGUACUGUGCGCUGCUGGAAGAUGCUGUCGCCCGGCCUCGACUCAUCCGUCUACGAUUCACUUUGUCUGUCACAUGAUCUUCACAAACCAGCCAAUAGAAAGGUUUGCCUUGGCCAGAGCUGCGGACCCCAGUGGGAGGUGUCUGAGUGGUCCGAGUGCUCGGCCCGUUGUGGCUCCCGGGGUUUCCGCACUCGGGAGGUCCGUUGUUCCAUGGAAAUGAGACUAUGUAACAAGUCUUCUCAGCCAAUAGAAAGUCAGGAAUGUGAAGGCCCGCCCUGUGACAGAAGAUGGACAGUUUCUGACUGGGGACCUUGCUCCGGUGUGUGUGGAGAGGGAAGGAUGGUCCGUGCAGUGACCUGUCGAUCAUCAGGAGGGUUAGUGAUGUCAGAGGAACAAUGUGACCAGCUGCUGCGCCCGCUGGCCAUCUAUCCCUGUGGGGACAGAGAUUGCACCCCCCACUGGGUGGAACAGGAAUGGCAGCAGUGUAAUGCUACAUGCGGGCGCGGGGUGCGUCACCGUCAGGUGGUGUGUGUUGGGCUGGAAGGUGGUGUGUUCAAAGAGUUUCCAGACAGCAGUUGUGACCAAACCAACAAACCAGAGACCAGCUCCUCCUGCUUUCAGAGACCCUGCUCCAAAUGGUUCACCACAUCCUGGUCUCAGUGCAGUAAGACCUGUGGGAGUGGCAUCCAGGUUCGUGAAGUGAAGUGUUACCAGGGGGAGGAGCUGGUAACCAGGGGCCACAGCUGCAACUCUGCCCUCAGGCCAGAAGCCCGACAGAGCUGUGAGAUCCAGAGCUGUGUGACGGAAGCACCAGCAGCAGCCCCAGCAGCAUCAGUGGUAGUGGUAGAAGACUCGUGCCAAGACAAACCAACAGCCAACUGUGCCCUGGUCCUAAAGGUGAAACUGUGUUCCCACUGGUACUACAGAAAGGCCUGCUGCCAGUCCUGUAAGGCACCCAGACCCUGAAGUCAUUACUGUAACCUCUCAGCUCAACCACUGGUACCAAAGGUCCCAUUACAUUCGUAUUGGUGCUACACAAAAGCCUGCUGCUAGCAAUGUAACUCUUCCUCCACUGAUGUCAAAGGUCAACCUGUGGUCAAUGUUAUACCUUUAAUCUUGUUCCCUCGCACAGAGAUUUUCUUUUGAAAGUAAAUCUGUUUUUGUACGUUGUAGUAGUACCAUCACUAUCAAAGAUAACCAAUCACAAGGAUAGUUCCUGGGGUAAAAACCCACCCACCUCUGUGUCCAUCACAGCAUGUAACUCCAAUUCCAUUUUCAAAGUGAUGCCACCUAAAGGGAAUGUCUGUAGUCUAUCCAUUCGCUCACUUCUUAAAGGCACAGUACGGAUAUUUUCUACUGGGAUGGUAUCAGGUACUCUUCCAUAGUUCCAUAGUCAGUGUGUUGGCUGUAGUAGCAGCACGAAGCAAAGCAUGUACUUCUGUGGAUGGGGGCAGCAGCAAAUGAUGUAUUUUAGCCACCUAGACAAAUCCAUGUCGGUUUAAGUGUACGCUAUAUUUAGAAUAUUUCCACUGGGUUACCUUGCCUUGAGACAACUAAAGAAUACAUGUUUACAACGGGGACCUGAAGCCGUUAACUUUGCCAAAGCCACCAGACUAUUGAAAACUGGAAUUACCGCCUCGCAAUCUUAUGACAUUUUGCAGUGUACAUCCACGUCUAUCCAAAAUGUCGUCACAUGAACCAAAUUUUAUCCUGGGUUUGUGUGAAAUUGUCUUAAUUAUCACAUGAAUUCUUGGGUUAUGGCCAUAAAUGUGUUUUGUGAGGUCGGAGUGACCUUUGGGCAUCAAACUCUAAUCAGUGAGUCCUUGAGUCCAGAGACAGAAGGACAGACAACCCAAAAACAUAACUCCAAAAGAAUCUCAACCAUCCCAUUAAUGUUCCACUGAAGCCAGUUCAUCUGAGAGCACAUGGUAGCUUUGUUGUUACUGUGGCAACAGACUGGACUAGGGACAAAAAUGCAGCUGAGCCACUUCAGACCUGGUCCAGUCCUGCUAUGCAUAUACAGCCCAGUAGUAUUACUGGUGCCAUGCUGAUAUGUAACCAUGCUCUUUUUUCGGCUACUUAAAAAUAUGCAAUGUAACAGAGUUACUCCCAGCUUUACUGUUGCUCCUUUCUCAACACAGUAGCAACAAAGCCUGCUGCGUCUCCAUUGUGACCUCCUGAUCCCCGUCAUGGCUCCAUGUUGCCUACACCUCCUCACAGAGCUUCCUUUAGGAGACACACAAAUCCAAUCCUCAUGCAACUUCACAUCACAUCACAUAUGCAUAUGCACCUAGAAACACUUCAAUGUGGAAAAAAGACCAAAAAAUUAUACAAAUUUCUGAUGCUGCUGUAGACAUGUCAGAUGUGACACUCAACAAGGGACUCAAUGAAAGUUCAUCACUGGAGAUGCUGUCCUGAGAACAGACACGACACAACCCACCAACAAGUGUGGCCAAACUCUCAUCUAUCAGACGCGCUGCAUACACUUAAGUGUUGUUUACCUGUUGUUACUGUCGUCACAGAGCUGCUGUUCUUCUUCUUCCUGCUUACUGUAUCUCACAUAAAGAAUAAAAGACCCGCUGUGUUUGACAAGCAUCUGUGUCUGACUUGUGAUUGCUGCUCGUCUUGGUGACACUUCAGCUGAUCAUUUAAAG